AUGUCUGCCCGUACCGCCGGAAGCCCCGAGCACGACUCGAAGAAGCAGAAGACCUCUGUUAAGAGUAACGUCCACGACGGAUGGGGACUUUCCGACGAGGAGAAGGGCAACGCCAUCUACCACGGCACCACCACCAACAUGGACCACAUCCGUGACAAGCACAACUUUGCCAAGCUUGACGCUUCCGGCCUCGCUGUCGGUCUCAAGGAAGGUCUCAUGGGCAACUCGGAGGUCGGGACAUUGUCCGCAUUGACCAGUAAUGACGACUUCAAGAACCAGCCCGCCAUCGUCGACUGCCUGAAGCACGCCAAGGACACUAACGGCCGUCUCCACCUCAUGGGUCUGCUGUCCGAUGGCGGUGUUCACUCGCACAUCAACCACCUUAUCGCGCUUAUCCGUGCUGCCAAGGAGCAGGGUGUCCCCCACGUCUACAUCCACGCCUUUGGUGAUGGACGCGACACUGCGCCCAAGUCGGCGACCAAGUACGUCAAGCAGCUCCAGGAUGCCAUCAAGGAGAUUGGCUGCGGCGAGCUCGUCACCUUUGUCGGCCGCUACUACGCCAUGGACCGUGACAAGCGCUGGGACCGUGUCAAGGUCGCCGUCGACGCCCUCGUCAAGGGCGACGGCACCAAGGCCGACGACCCCGUCAAGGCCAUCGAGGACUGCUACGCCAAGGACGAGACCGACGAGUUCAUCAAGCCUCUCAUCUUUGGCGACGACUCGACCCGCGUCAAGGACAACGACACCAUCUUCACCUUCAACUACCGCUCCGACCGCAUGCGCGAGAUCGUCUCGCUCUUCGCCUUCCCCGACGACCUCCCCAUCGAGGUCGACAUUCCCAACGGACUCUACAUCACCACCAUGUCGCGCUACAACCCCGAGUGGACCCUCCCCGUCGCCUUCCCUCCCGUCUCGAUGGACAACGUCCUCGCCGAGUGGCUCGCCAAGGAGGGUGUCUCGCAGGCGCACGUUGCCGAGACUGAAAAGUACGCCCACGUCACCUUCUUCUUCAACGGUGGUGUCGAGAAGCAGUACGCCGGCGAGGAGCGCUUCAUGAUCCCCUCGCCCAAGGUCGCCACCUACGACAAGCAGCCCGAGAUGUCCGCCCAGGGUGUCGCCGACAAGGUUGCCGAACUCAUCAAGGAGGACAAGUUUGACUUUGUCAUGUGCAACUUUGCUCCCCCCGACAUGGUUGGCCACACGGGUGUCUACGACGCCGCCGUCAAGGCCAUCACUGCCACCGACGCCGCCGUCAAGACCAUCUACGACGCGUGCGAGGAGAAGGGCUACGUUCUCUGCAUCACCGCCGACCACGGAAACGCCGAGCAGAUGAUCGACCUGAAGACUGGCCAGCCCCACACUGCCCACACCACUAAGAUGACCGGCCACUCGCUCGCCACGAAGGAGUAG